GACCUUAGCGUACCAUGUUUGCUUCGCUGUGAAGGGCAGAAGGUUUGAGUGCCUGGCAGCUUUGUCAUUUACGAAGACGCGGUGUUUGCAUUUGUGUUGCAGCUCUCAUAUGCAGCUAUGGUUCAUUUAACCUCUCAGCUCUUGAAACGAUACCAUAAAGGACAUGUUGCAAUUCGACUGGCACUGGCUGGAUGCACCAACAGGCCUUUUUAUCGUAUAGUUGCUGCUCAUAACAAGCGAGCAAGGGAUGGAAAAUACCUAGAACAACUUGGCACAUAUGAUCCCAUGCCCAACAUCUACAAUGAAAAACUUGUCAGCCUAAAUAUUGAACAAAUAAAAUACUGGAUUGGCUGUGGAGCACAUACUACAAAACCAGUUGCAAAGUUACUAGGUCUUGCAGGAUUUUUCCCAUUACAUCCAAUGACCAUUACAAAUGCUGAAAGAUUAAAGAGAGAAAAAGAGAAGCAAUCCAAUGCUGAAGCACCACUAACCUCAGACUCUAAAGAAGAUGAUUCUGUUGGAGCCACCAACAUUAGCACUUAGCAAUUGGAUGAAGAACUUUUUCUACUUAUAGUUUUCAUUAUUUACACUUACAUGGAUAUAUCUAAUGGAUACAGGCGUGCUAGUUGAAGUAAAAUAUUUUUAAUUUUGAG